AUGGCAGAGGAGAGCGACGUGCUGCAGCAGGCCCAGGAUGCUGCCAAGGCUCGCGACUAUGAGCGGGCGCUGCAGCUGUUCGACCAGGCGGUGGACGCCGAGGCGAGCGCCGAGGCGCUGGCGGGGCGAGCCUCUGUGCACAACAAGCUGAAGAAUUUCAUGGAGGCGGCGGCGGAUGCCAGCCGCGCGUUGGAGAUGGACGACACGCUGGCGGCGGCGCACAAGGAGAAGGGGAAUGCCUGCUACAACCUCGAGGAGUUUGAGAGCGCCAUGGACGCCUUUGAGGCGGCCGCCGCGCUGGAGCCCACCAAGAGCAUCCACAAGACCUGGGUCAACAUGUGCAAGGUGCAGCUGGGAGAGCAGCUGCCGCCGACGCCCAUCAACAUACAUCCCGGGCCCGUGGGCGAGGCACCACCUGAGGAGCGCGCCUCCACCUCUGGCAGCGGCCAGCCCGGCGCCGGUGGCGGCGCCGGCACCAUCACGCUGCAGGGCGACCAGCUGCAGGCCUUCCUGGCGCAGUCGCAGCAGGGCAAGCUGGCGGCGGCGCUGGGCGGCGGCGGCGGUGCGGGCGGCGCGCCGCGCGAGGCGCCAGAGGAGCCAGGCAGCGAGCGGCCCACGCACGUGACUGUGGACGAUCCGGAGUUCAGCAAGUACUGGAAGGCGCCCAUUGCAGGCAAGUCGCCUGGGGCCACGCAGCGCCAGCGCUCCUCGGUGGCCGCCAGCCUGCCCGACAAGCCGCAGGGCGUCAAGUACCGCCACCAGUGGUUCCAGAGCCCGCAACGCGUGGAGGUGGAUGUGCUGGCCAAGGGGCUGAAGAAGGAGCAGGUGGGGGUGACGAUCGAGCCGCGGCGCCUCAGGGUGGUCACCAUCAGCGCUGAAGGCCAGGAGGAGUAUGAUCUGGACCUGGCGCUGCAUGGGGAGGUGGUGCCGGAGGAGAGCCGGUUUGAGGUGCUGGGCAGCAAGGUGGAGAUCAAGCUGAGGAAGGCGGCGGCGGAGCAGUGGCCGCAGCUGGAAGCGAAGCAGCAGGGGACCGCGCCCAGCGGCAGCGUAGACGCCGCACCCGAGGCGGCAGCGGCAGCGGCGCCCGAGGUGCCAGCAGCGGUGCCCGCGGCGGCGGCAGCGGCCCCCGCCGGUCCAGCGCCGCCUCCCCCGCAGCCCACGCCAGCCUACCCCUACGCUGGGCGAAAGGUGGACUGGGACCGGUUUGCCAAGGAGCUGCAGCAGGAGGAGAAGGAGGAGAAGCUGGAGGGGGACGCGGCGCUGAUGAAGUUUUUCCGGGAGCUGUAUGAUGGCGGCGACGAGGACACGCGACGCGCCAUGGUCAAGUCAAUGCAGGAGUCGCGCGGCACGGCGCUGAGCAUGAACUGGGGCGAGGUGGGCAAGCAGGACUACUCCAAGAAGACCGGUGAGAGCGGGGACGCGGACUGA